AUGCUUGCUGAGCCGCGGGCAUAUCUCUGCGCUGCGUCAAUCAGUCUGGGCUGCGCAGGGGGUGAGCGGCCGUGUGGAGGGCAGCAGGCAGGCUGUUACGCAACUGUUCCGGCGGCUCUACGGCGGCGCUCCCAUGGCACGACAGCUCAGUCGAGAGGCCCGUCCCGUACGUCCCAUGGCGACGGAUACCGGGUUUCGGAAUCGACUAGCACGAACGCGAGUGGAAUUGGCUCCGGUCUCCAUCCGGAUGCUGUUAACUGUGAAUGGGAUCUGCAGCCGGGGAGUUUCACAGGGCGAGAAGUAGGAGGUUGGAAUAAGACGCCGUCGGAGAACAAUGUCCAGGCCGCCCAGCACCCACCUUACAGGGGCCACAGAGGGGUUGCCGCCCCCCCAGCAGCGAUGCAACCGCCCGCAGCCACAGCGCUGAGAGGGCUGCGUCCCCCUGGGCAAACCUACCCUAGACGGUGCGAGACAGCCAUCCUGGGGGCAUCAUGUCCGGCGAGUGUGAGCCACGAACGGCCAAUUGCCUCGGCGCGUCGCAGCGUGAAGCUUGCCUGGCGCCAUGGAUCUGGGAAUAGCAUUUUACAGCCCAUUUGCAGCGAUUUGCCCACACUACCACCCCCCGCUUUCCCAGGUGCCCCCCCUCCUUCAACCGCUCAAACCCCACCCGCAAGCAACCAUGACAGAGUGCGAUUCCGAACGCCGAGAUAUGCCCUUUCCAGCAUGGGGCUGGGCCAUUUGGCCAUCCUUCCUGAUGCGGCAAGCCCCCUCGAACGGGUUGGAACUGGUUUCGCCGGCGAGCAAUUGCUCGAAGGAGGAGCCCCUUCUAUCUGUGCUCUCUGGCGCGGGCGGGUAGUUCGGCGCGUGGGCGUUGCACGCUGGCUGCUUGGGGAAGCUCGGGGUUGGAUUCCGCUGAUGCUCCGCGCCCCAGUAUUCACACUUCUCCCCAGCGAGACAAGAACACGCAAUGGCACGAUGACAGUGAGAGGGGGCCGGCGAGAAGCCCCUUCGCGUGCCUGA